UCGAAUCGAUGGAGACGGAAGGGCACUCUCUGCGGUCGGCGUCGUGCGUGGACGGCGGCAAGAGGCGCGUGAGCUACUACUACGACCCGGGCAUCGCCAACGUGGACUACGGCGAGGGCCACGUCAUGGUGCCCCGCCGCGUGGCCAUGACGCACGCCCUCGUGUCCUCCUACGGCCUGCUCCCGGACAUGAAGCGCCUCCGCACCAGGCCCGCCACCGAAAGCGACCUGCGCGCCUUCCACGGCGCCUCCUACGUCGAGCUCCUCCGCUCCAUCAACCCGGAAUCCUACCGCCUCAACCUCGACCAGGCCAAGACGCGGGCCGAGGAGCGCGGCGUCGGCCGCGUGAAGACCAAGGAGAACGGCGACAACUACGACAACCCCGUCAUCGACGGCCUCUGGGACUACUGCCUCAGCUACGCCGGCGGGUCCCUGGCCGCGGCGCGCGCGCUGGCCUGCGGCGAGUCCGACGUGGCCAUCAACUGGUCCGGCGGGAUGCACCACGCGUGCCGGGCCAAGGCCAGCGGCUUCUGCUACGUCAACGACAUCGUGCUCGCCAUCCAGCGGCUCCUCGCCCGCUUCCGCCGCGUGCUCUACGUCGACAUCGACGUGCACCACGGCGACGGCGUCGAGCACCGCUUCCGGAGGGAGCCCCGGGUCAUGACGGUCUCCUUCCACCGCUACGACGGCGUCUUCUUCCCCACCACCGGCGAGGCUGCGGACGUCGGCCAAGGCGAGGGGCUCUACCACGCGCUCAACGUGCCGAUGAAGGCCGGCAUGGACGACGAGGGCUACCUCAACGUCCUCUUCCGGCCCAUCAUGGCCCGGGUCAUGGAGGUGUUCGCGCCGGACGCCGUCGUGCUGCAGUGCGGGGCCGACUCGCUCUCGGGCGACGCGAUCGGCGGGUUCCACCUGUCAGUCAAGGGCCACGCCGCCUGCGUCGCCUUCCUCCGCAGCUUCAACGUGCCGCUGCUCCUGCUCGGCGGCGGCGGCUACACCAUCAACCACGUCGCCUCCUGCUGGUGCUACGAGACGGCGGUGGCCGUCGGCAAGGAGAAGGAGAUCCCCGACGACAUACCCUACCACGGUUACGAGCACUACUACAAGGACCAGGGAUACAAGCUCCAUUAUGCAGUGGACAAGAAGAACGGCAGGAAGGAUGUCUCUGGCCUGGAGAAGAUAAAGCAGGACGCUCUGAAGAACCUCUCCAUGCUCAGGCCGCCGCCCACAUUGCUGCUCCAGGAGCCCGCCGGUGGGGACAUCAACGUGAAUGACCUCUACGACAACGACUACAGUAAUCCCAAGAGAAGAAGAGAGGAAGACGACCCCAUGGAGAGGCUGCACCGGCUCUGCGGCGUCGAGGACCUAAAAGGUUUCUUCACUGGGAUCGGCAGGAGAAAGAAACUAGGACAACUAUAGUCUAUAGGUCAAGACAUACAGGGUACCCAAAUACCCAAUGUAAAAGGUGAAAGACAUACAUACAGGGUACCCAAUGUAAGUGAUAAGCACCACAAUUGUCCAAUCCCGUUAAGCAUUAAAUACGCCUGCAUGUUUCAACAUUACUUGUGCU